AUGACAACCAAUAUAGACUAUGGCGACCUCAAGGAUGGAUUGAUAAUAGAAUACGCCAAACGGAAACUAGCAAGUGAAAAGAAAGCCGUGGCUGCUAGCAUUCGUGAAAUAGAGCAGUCCGUGUCGUUGCCCGUGGUAAAAUCACUUCACACACUCUCUAAUUGUUUGGCACGUUACGAUGACCCCAAUGCAUUGGAUAAAGCACUUGAUGCGAUAGAUUUAGCAAAUAUUUACGAAAACGUUGAACGUCGUGAACGAGAAAGCACUAAUCCUGCAUUGAGCUAUGAUGAUUUCGUGGUGCUUGAAUUACUACGAUAUUUCAAGCAUGAUUUCUUCAAAUGGGUCAACUCUCCAUCUUGUCAGUGUGGCUCAUCGGAGGUGGUGAAUUCCGGCAUCAAACGUCCUGAUCCAUCCAAUAACCCUGAUGAAAUUUCCAUCAUUGAGGUUUACCGAUGCCAAAAGUGUAAUCAAUAUGUCGAGUUUGCUCGAAUAAAUAACCCAGUGUCAUUACUUUCUACACGUUUGGGUCGAUGUGGAGAAUGGGUCAAUUGCUUUUUGUUAAUUUUGACUGCCUUGAUUGGAGACGGCAAGGAUAGAAUCAGAUAUGUUUGGAAUAAUGAGGACCAUGUUUGGUGUGAGUAUUACUCUUUUGGAUUGAAAAAAUGGGUUCAUUUGGAUCCAUGCGAAGGUGUAUUUGAUGAACCGUUGUUGUAUUGUGAAAACUGGGGGAAGCGAAUGUCAUACGUUAUCGGAUUCAACAAGUAUAGCGUCGUUGACUUGAGUAAGAAAUAUAUCACCAAAGCCAAGCAGAUUAAACAACUGGAUGUGGUUAAUCCAACUAAAGUCAAGAAUUCGAUCCGUUUUCACAAUGUGAAAAAAGCAGACGAGUAUCUAGCUACAGCAAGAUCAAAUAAGCUGGAAAAUGAACUGUGGAGAUUGUUAUACACUGAUGUGUUUGUUCCAAGAAGUCGUGAACUUGAGGACUUAGGUAUUGCAAAACCAACCCCAUCAUUGUCUGAUUUACCUAAAGGUCGUCAAACAGGAUCUGCCACAUGGACUCAAGCUCGUGGUGAAGAUGGGUAG